AACAAACAACAUUCUUCUGUCUCUUGGCCUUCCAAAAACUUGUUAUUGAAACUUUCUAAAAAUAGAAAUCUUCUUCCUUGUGUUCUUCGUCUUCUCAUCGUUGACGUCUAAAACAUCAGAAGAUUGAUAUUUUUAGCUGAGUUUUAAUUCUGGAAACCAUGGAAACGUCACAAGAGCACAACUUCUUUCAACCCAACGAUCAAACCGUACGGCUCUCUUCGUCUUCUUCUUCUUCUUCCUCUUCUUCUUGUUCUUCAAUAGAAGCUGAACCAAGACCUGACGAGAACAUAAACUAUAACCAAUCUCCUCCAACGCAAAUAAUGGAGAGAACCACAACGACCUCGACACCUACUACACCUCCUUACAGAAUCCCUUCACACGUUUUCGCAAGAACGCCCUCUACAGCUCCAGCUGAAUGGAGCACUCUCUCCAACGAGUCUCUCUUCAGCAUCCGCAUGGGUAACAACAGCUUCAACGCUAACGAUUACUUUAAAUCGGGAGAGCUCACGUUUCCUCAGCCUCCUUCACCAAGAACUCCUCAUUUGCCUUCUCCGUUACCUUCUCCGCGUCAAAAUACAAACCAAGGAGGCGGAGGAGGAGGAGGAGGAGGAGGAGGAGGAGGAGGAGGCGGAGUUGUGGAGGAGGCGAAAACUCCGGUGGAUGUAGGCAAGAAAGCAGCUGAAACAGAGAAAGCGUCUCCCGCAAGUAAAGAGGAAGAACAAAAGUCUGCAUCAAGUAUAAGAGAGUUUAUCAUGGCUAAUGAAGCUGCUAAUAAAGACAACAACAGCAACAACAACAAAAGCAAUAAACUAGAUCGUUCUAUUUCUCGUCGGUCGGAAAACUUAAGCGUCAAGUCUUUUGCUUUCCCAAUAUUGGGGAAUGCAGAUAAAGGUGGACUACAAAGCUCAACGCCGCAAAAGAAACAAACGAAGCCGUCACAGCCAGAGACACCGAAGAGUUCCUCUGAGUCUGAAGGAGAUGAAGGGUUGAAGAAAGAGGAAGCUCCUAAAGCAGAAGCAGCCCCUAACCGCACCCCUAAGUGGUUGUUAUCUUGCUUCCCUUGCUGCACAACUUGCUGUGUCUAAUUCAAAGAUUGAGUUUGAUUUGUGUAUGUUAAAGUUUGAUAGAAUAUUAUAGAACUCUGUCCAAGAUUUUACAAAGUUGUUUGACUGACUUUUAAUGUAUAAAUCUUGUGAAGUAAAACAGAUACAAUUUGAUGAA